UCACUCUUAAGCAGAACUGACAGAAGGUACAAGCACUGAAGGACAGGGAUCUUCUGUAGGACAUAACUGCCUGUGGAUUCACAACUGAACUGCAAAUCUCUACCAACUUGGAGGAGUUUAGUCCAGACUUGUUGGACAUGCCUCAUCCCAAUGGCAAAUGAGAGACUGGUUUGGCCCCUGACUGUCAGAUUGGUACUUUGAUCUUCUUGAACUAUGGGGAAGUAUGUUUGCAUGCAAAGCACAUUCAGCUCUAAAUCAGAUAAAGCUGAUGGAGUUGUGGAGGCUACCUGUCUUCUGCUGCUCUGCCACUGAUCCGUCAUCUCAGUUGCCAUAGACACAAGAUCUGGAAGCCAUGGCUGGGCAUGGGAGAAAAGCCACCAGCAGGCUCUCUGCCGGUGGGUUCCGGCAGGGCCUUUCUCAGCAGGUACUGAGAGAGUCAGGGUCAGUCUCUGAAAGUGAGGAAGAGUCAGAAGGUGCUAAGCCAGUAACCCACGAGAGGGACUUGCACACACAUUACAUUGCCAUUCAAAGAAAUUCCAGGUACUACCGGUCCAUGAGGCUGCCAAGCAGAGAGAAAAGAAAAUCUUCGAGAGAGGCAAUGCACCUGGGGCAUGUUACAGGGUCACUCAAAAACAAUGAGCCCGUCAAAGAGCCUCUGAAUAUUUUACCUCGUAAGGGAUCACCAUCUCCAGUAAACUCUGAUAAGACAGCGUUAGAUGAACUGUGGAUCCAAAGGCUGCUGCCUUCCUACCCCCGUUACCGUGGCAACCGCCCGGGCUCCCCCAGCCCCGCGCCGCUGCCGCCGCCGGAGCUGCUCGGCAGCCGCCUGUCGCCGCCGGCCAUGGAACUGCUGGCCGCGGCGCUCAGCGCCGCCUGCGCCCUCGACCAGGACGGCUCGGCGGGACAGCCCGGCAGGGAGCCCCCCGCGGCCGCUGAGGAGAGCCCCGCGGCCGCCGCCGAGGCGCCGCCCGCCCACCCCAUGACGGCCGACUCCUGGAGAAACCUCAUCGAGCACAUCGGGCUCUUGUAUCAGGAAUAUCGAGAUAAAUCCACACGCCAGGAGAUUGAAACCAGACGACUGCAGGAUUCACAGACAGACCCUGAGGAGAGCUCACCCAGCGAGGAAACCCCAUCUGAAGCAGAACCUACAAGUACAACCGAAAGCAAAGCUCCACCACAAAUCAGUUUGCUAAGGAACUCCAACUCUAGGUUCAACCUGUGGCAGGACCUUCCUGAGAUCCGGAGCAGCGGGGUCCUCAGCAUCCUCCAGCCAGAGGAGAUCAAGCUGCAGGAGGCCAUGUUUGAGCUGGUUACUUCCGAAGCCUCCUAUUACAAAAGUCUGAAUCUGCUGGUAUCUCACUUCAUGGAGAACGAACGUCUGAAAAAGAUCUUACACCAGUCUGAGGCACACAUCCUCUUCUCCAAUGUUCUGGAUGUCAUGGCUGUUAGUGAGCGCUUCCUGUUGGACCUCGAGCAGCGAGUGGAGGAGAAUAUUGUGAUCUCAGAUGUGUGCGAUAUUGUCUACCAGCAUACAGUUAAUCACUUCUCUGUGUACAUCACCUACGUCUCCAACCAGACCUACCAGGAGAGAGCUUACAAGCAGCUUCUCCAGGACAAGCCAGCUUUCCGGGAAGUGAUCUCACAGCUAGAGCUGGAUCCCAAGUGCAAAGGCCUGUCCUUCUCUUCCUUCCUGAUUCUGCCAUUUCAAAGGAUCACUCGGCUCAAGCUGCUGGUGCAGAACAUUUUGAAGAAAGUGGAGGAGAAAUCUGACAGGGAAACCACUGCCCUGGACGCACAUAAAGAACUGGAAACGGUGGUGAAAGCAUGUAAUGAAGGUGUCAGGAAGAUGAGCCGAACAGAGCAGAUGAUCAGCAUCCAGAAGAAACUGGAAUUCAAGAUCAAGUCUGUGCCCAUCAUCUCUCACUCCCGCUGGCUGCUGAAGCAGGGGGAACUGCAGCAAAUGAAUGGUCCAAAGACAUCACGAACGCUUCGCACCAAGAAACUCUUCAGAGAAAUCUACUUGUUCCUUUUCAAUGAUCUGCUAGUAAUUUGCCGGCAAAUUCCUGGGGACAAGUAUCAAGUGUUUGACUCUGCUCCCCGGGGGCUUCUUCGGGUAGAGGAGUUAGAAGAUCAGGGGCAGAGCUUGGCCAACGUCUUCAUCUUGAGGCUGCUGGAGAAUGCAGAUGACCGGGAGGCCAGCUACAUGCUGAAGGCAUCAUCCCAGAGUGAAAUGAAACGCUGGAUGAUUUCACUGGCCCCAAACCGGAGAACCAAGUUUGUUUCAUUUACAUCCAGACUUGUUGACUGCCCGCAGAUCCAGUGUGUCCACCCAUACGUGGCCCAGCAGCCAGACGAGCUGUCCUUAGAACUGGCUGACGUCCUCAACAUCUUGGACAAGACAGAUGAUGGCUGGAUAUUUGGGGAGCGUCUUCACGACCAGGAGAGGGGCUGGUUCCCCAGUUCUAUGGGGGAGGAGAUCCUGAACCCCAAAAUCCGAGCCCAGAACUUGAAGGAGUGUUUCCGGGUGCACAAGUCGGAUGACAGUCAGAGAAGGAAACUGGGCAGCAGAAACCGCCAAUGACCGCUGGUGUCACCGAGCGCCUGCAUUGCCUCUGGGAGAGGAGCAGAGGACAGAGACUGGCAGCUGGGAGGAUGGGACAGUGGUGCUGUGGGCCACGGUGCAGGACCUGGUGCGCUGGACCAGGAACCUGUCAACUAACAGAUUGCAGUUCCUGGGCUUCCCGUGGCACUGAUCCUUUCCUGGAGAUCAAUGCUUCCAGCUGGCUAAAAUAACCCCUUCCAGGUGUUCUGUAAAGCCCCAAAGAGCACGAGCCAAACGGGCACAGCCCAAAGGCCACCGGGUGGCAGCCAGCUGACCCCUGUUCCCCGCGUGCUAGCUGGGGCUGGCUCAGGACACGUGGGGCAGCAUGACCGUUGCCCAGUUUGAACACUCCCAGCUCAUCGCUACCUUUCAAGUUUGGGGCGCUCCUGAAGCGGCAUCUUACAGGGUUGAAACUGAAGCAGAGGAGCUGUUUUACCGCCUCUCACACAGCCCGGCGGCACCAGGCUGGGAUAAGCCCCAGGAGCUCCAGCUCCCCAGUCCUGCUGUGAAGCCGCUGGGCCCAUUCCCAUGGGCAGACCCUCGAUCUGCUUCCAGUCAAGCGCUCCAAGAUGCUCCAUACCAGCCCUGCUCCACCAGCAGCCCAGCCUCGCCAGCCCUGGCCCACAUCUCUGACCACCUGAUGGCCUCGAAGCACGUCGGGGCCCUGCCCCGUGGCGCACCCGUCUUUCACAGCCAGCAUCCCUCCGCAGAGCUGCUGCAGAAGCCUUUCCUGGCUGAGCCAGCACUCACGGUCUCCGCUGCUCCCUGCUGCCGAGGCACAGAGAAAGGUGUCCGUGCCAGCGUGUCCCCGCACACCACCACGUACCACGGGAGCACCAGCAGAGCCAGGCUGCCGUGCAGCAGGCAACUGACCUUACCCCAGGAGCUGUUGUCCCGUGUGCUGUGGGAGGCCCAGCGAUCGCUGCCUGCAUGCUUGUAACCCAUGCCACCCAGCUGCACGUGCAACCUGCACGCGCAAACCCCCUGUACAGGCUCACCUCAGUGUAUAUACGCAAAUCCUCUGUCGCCAGCAGAGCCAGAUCGUCACUCCUUCCAGCUGUGGCACUGAGCAUCGCAUGAAGCCCAGGGCGCAGCACCAAAACCAGCCAGGGGACAGGCCCAUAACAGCCGCCUGUUGUUCAACAGUCUCACUCUGAACAGUCCCACACAUGGCCGCAGCCGAGGGGCUCUUAGCUACAGGGUGGUCCCGGGCUGCAGCCAGCAUCCAUCAGGGAAAUCAGUUAUUUGGCAUCUUCCCGUAACGCUGCAAAGAAGGGUCUGCCAGGCGCUGUGCCUGCGCUGCUGUGCGCUCCGACAGUACCGUGGUUGUGCUCAAAAAGGUGACAGAGAGCAGCUGCCUGCCAACGGAGCCACGCACCAGCCAUGCGCGGCGCGGAGGAGGGCGGCCAUGCCGAUGGCAGUGUGGGGAGCAGGCAGGCUGCCGGGGAGCUGCUGGAGGGGGACUGUGGAGCGCUGCGCUGGAGCUGUCCUUGGGCCGCGCGAGGCCCAGGUUACACACGGGGUGUGUGGUGAAUAGCCAGACCCAGCCGAGGGAGGGCCGGGGCUGUGGUCAGGGCUGUCCGUACUGUCACCGCAGCCCUGGGACAGCCAGUCCAGUCAGCCC